AACGGGGCAUCGGGCCCCCCUGUCACCUGCUCUUUCUCUUACCUCCACACAACACCGUCGAAAUGAGCGAAGAUCUAAAGAUUCUUCCAAAGACCAGCUGGAAAGUCUACCUGGCCGUAGUGUUUGCUUCUAUUGGUGGUUUCCUAUUUGGUUAUGAUCAAGGUGUCAUGAGUGGCAUUCUUGUGAUGCCGUACUGGAUUCAUUAUUUCAACGAUCCUGAUGAUGUGCGCCGUGGUUUUAUUACAAGUAUCCUAUUGCUUGGUGCUUUUGCUGGUGCCCUCUUUGCCGGUCCUCUUUCCGAGCGCAUUGGUAGAAAGAUCAGCAUCAUGGUCGGAACAGUCAUCUUUUGGCUUGGUACAUCGAUGCAAACAGGUGCAACCAGCGACGGUCUCCUUUUGGCUGGCCGUUUUAUUCAGGGUAUUAGUGUCGGCAUCUACAGCACCAACAUUACCGUCUACCAAAGUGAGUUGAGCCCUCCUCAUCUCCGCGGUCGUGCCGUCAGUCUUCAGCAGUUCAGUAUCGUAUUUGGUAUCAUGGUCGCAUUCUGGAUUGGUUAUGGCUGUGCUUACAUUCAAAGCGACGCAUCGUGGCGAAUUCCCCUCGGUCUACAGCUCGCUCCCAGUGUUCUUCUGUUCUGCGGUUGCUUCUUCCUCCCCUACUCCCCUCGUUGGCUUUGCAGCCGUGGUCGCUACGAUGAGGCUCUUCAUACCCUUGCGAGGUUGCACUCCAAUGGUGACAUUGAUGAUCCCUAUGUCCGUCAAGAAUACGACGAGAUCAUGGAGCAAAUCAAGUUCGAAGAUGAAAAAGCCGUCAAGUCCUACGCUGAGCUUUUCCGCAACCGUUCAAUCCGCAAGCGUGUUAUUCUUGGUAUGGGAAUCCAAACCAUGCAGCAGUGGAUCGGUAUCAAUGCCGUGCUUUACUAUGCCCCCUUCAUUUUCCGCUCCGCUGGCAUGACUGGCACUUUGCCCUCCUUACUUGCUACUGGUGUCAAUGGCAUUGUAUGUGUCGUUUGCACAAUCCCUGCCAUUUUGUUCGUUGACAAGUGGGGUCGUCGUAACACCCUGCUUGCUGGUGGUGCCGGUAUGGGUGGUUCCAUGUUGAUCGCUGGUUCUUUGCUCAAGGUCUAUCCCUACGUCGAAGGUGGCGACAACAACACCAGUGCCCAGUACGGCGCUGUCGCCAUGAUGUUUAUCUUUAGCGCUUCGUUCUCAUUCUCUUGGGGACCUAUUGCUUGGAUUUACCCUGCCGAGAUUUUCCCUACUCGUGCUCGUGCCAAGGGUGCUUCACUGGCAACCGCAAGCAACUAUAUCUUCAACUUUGUUAUUGGCCAAAUUACUCCAAUCAUGAUUGAAAAUAUUGCCUUCGGCACCUACAUGUUCUUCUUUGCUACCAACGUUAUCUGCGGUUUGAUCGUAUUCUUUUUCUAUCCUGAAACCAAGAAUCGAUCUCUUGAAGAGAUGGAAAUUCUCUUUGGCGGUGAUGAAGCUGACGCAAUUCAGACUGUUGCUGCUCGCAAGUACGAUGGUGCUAACCUCGAGCAAACUGAAAAGCAUCAAGUUGCUGACGACGGCCAUUCGUCAAUCGAAAAAUCUUAAUUUCAAUUUCCCCACAACUCCCCUCCUCCUACUCCGCUUACUUCUUCCCAUUCUCAAUAUCUAACUUCUUUUUCUUUCUUUUUUGAAAUUACAAUUUCUCUAAAGGAUUGUAUAUCUUAGUAGUAAUUACACACACACACACACACACAUACACAUAUUUUGCUGUGGUUCCUGUUAUUAGAAGCUAUCAUUUCUCUACUUCCCCCUCUUGUAUUAUGUGACCACCAAUGAUAAUUAAUAAUUACAUCUAUCAUAAUAAAAAUUCAUGAU